AUGUUUUGCGAUUGCUUCUAUUGGAACAAAGGAAUCUCCGAGUUGGAAUCGGAAUCGUCCGAGUCAGAGCCCUUCUCGCUUCCGGCUCCUCUUCCUCGAUGGCCACAAGGCAGAGAUUUUGCAACCGGAAGGAUAAACCUCGGAGAAAUCCAAGUAGUGAAAGUCACCGAGUUCGAUAGAGUUUGGAAAUGUGGCACUUCGCGUCGUGGCAAAUCCACUCGCGCCUCUUUCUACAAGCCCGUGAACAUACCAGAAGGUUUCCAUUGCCUUGGUCAUUACUCCCAACCAAACAACAAUCAGCCAUUAAAAGGCUUUGUUCUCGCAGCUCGAGCUAACGACCCCGACAAUCAUCUCCCUCCGCUGAAGAAACCAGUCGAUUACACUCUAGUCUGGAGCUCAGAUUCAGAUUGCAACUUCUGGCUACCAAAUCCUCCAGCUGGUUACAAAGCCGUGGGAGUUAUCGUCACAGACGGAUCAGAACAGCCUGAAGUAGAAGAAGUUCGAUGUGUAAGAGAGGAUCUCACAGAGAGUUGUGAAACAGAUCAAAUAAUUCUUGGCGUCGGAUCUUUCAACGUUUGGACCACUAAACCAUCCGAGAGAGGGAUUUGGUCACGUGGCGUGUCCGUUGGAUCAUUCUUUUGCUCCACUAAUAACAACAAAGCCGCCAUGAACAUUUCCUGCUUGAAAAACCUCGACCCGAGCCUACGAGCGAUGCCGAGUCUCGACCAGAUCCAUGCGCUUAUUCAGCAUUACGGACCAACGGUCUACUUCCACCCGGAAGAGACUUACAUGCCUUCUUCCGUGCCAUGGUUCUUCAAAAACGGAGCUUUGCUGUACCGGUUCGGUAUCCCACAAGGCGAACCGGUUAACUAUACCGGUUCGAAUCUGCCAGCUGGUGGAGAAAACGACGGGACGUUCUGGAUUGAUCUCCCUCAAGACGACGACGAGGAAGUAAAGAAAGGAAACCUAGAAAGCUCAGAGCUUUACGUCCACGUGAAACCGGCUCUUGGAGGGAUCUUCACUGACAUCGUCAUGUGGAUAUUCUGUCCGUUCAACGGUCCGGCGACGCUUAAGAUCGGGCUUCUCACCGUACCAAUGAACAGGAUCGGAGAGCAUGUCGGUGACUGGGAACAUUUCACUUUCAGGAUAAGCAACUUCGACGGCGAGCUUACGCAGAUGUUCUUCUCGCAGCACAGCGGUGGCGGUUGGGUUGACGCAUCGGAUCUCGAGUUUGUGAAAGGAAGCAACAGACCGGUUGUGUACUCGUCGAAGCACGGCCACGCGAGUUUCCCUCACCCGGGGAUGUAUCUACAGGGCUCGUCGAAGCUCGGGAUCGGAGUGAGAAACGACGUCGCGAAGAGCGAGUAUGUUGUGGAUUCUAGUCGGAGGUAUAGAGUCGUUGCGGCGGAGUAUUUAGGGGAAGGAGUGGUUACAGAGCCGUGUUGGCUGCAGUAUAUGAGAGAGUGGGGACCGACUUUAGUGUAUGAUUCUGCGGCGGAGAUUGAUAAGAUUGUGAAUCUUCUUCCUCUGAUUGUGAGGUAUUCUAUUGAGAAUCUGUUUCCUAUUGCGCUUUAUGGUGAGGAAGGUCCUACGGGACCUAAGGAGAAGGAUAAUUGGGAAGGUGAUGAAAUGUGUUGA